UUCAAAAUGUAAACAAAAUAAAAAUGACAUAAAAGCUGCCCUAGAAAUCCAAAUAUUUAAUUUUCUUGAGAUAAAAAUGCCUCGAAAAGGUUCUUCAAUGAAGAAAAUGUGCUGCGUUUGCCUCGGAAUCACAUUAAAGCUUAGCAGACUUUCCGUAAAUCCUGAAAACCAAAUUUCUUUCCAAGAAAAACUGAAGGCCUGCAUUCCAGAAAUUGAAUGGCUAAGCUCUUUUUACAUCUGUGAAGACUGUAUAAAACUGCUAGAUAUUGCCUAUGUAUUUAGAGAAACCUGCUUUCAUUCUGACUUGAGACGGAGAAAAAUUAAAGAUGAAGAUGUGGAUUUAAAAAUACUCAAAACUGACUUCUUAGUAGAAGAUGAUGAAGACGCAUUGCUUCAAGUCUACAGGCCAGAACUGGAGGUAGAGUUACCACCAGACUCGGGAUUAGAACACAAAUCAGCAAUUAAAGAAGAAGCGACAGAUGAUGACACUUGUGAGAAUCUUUCAGAUACAGGGGAUGAAAGUGAUGAUUCCUGCAAGCCUUUGCAAAAGGUUAAAAAAAAAUCUGAAUAUGAACCACAAAAAAAGAGGAAAAGGAAAAAGUUAGAGUUUAUUUGUGAAGUCUGUAACAAAGUCUACAAUUCCAGUAUUAAAUUAGUUAGUCACUGUAUUAGCGAUCAUAAGAUGAAAAAGCUUGAUGUUAGACCAUUUGGCUGUGAUAGAUGUCCUAGUAGGUUCUGCAAUUCUUCGAAUUUAUUACAACAUGUAAAAUAUCAUGAUGCGGUUAGAAGUAAUAUGUGUACAUUUUGUGGUAAGGGAUUUAUUACCAAGACUGAUCUAACUACCCAUGAAAAAGUGCAUUUAAAUAAAAGGGAAUAUAGAUGUGACGAAUGUGGAAAAUGCUUUAAUACACACAAAGAUGUAAGGUCGCACAAAUUGGUAGUUCACACGGACCAAACCACUUGGAAAUACCGAUGUGACAUUUGCGAGAAACCUUUCCCCAUUAAGUCAAAUUAUGACAGUCAUAUGAGAAGACACACAGGAGAAAGGAAAUUCGAAUGCCACUUGUGCCAAAGAAAAUUUAUCGACAAAUGCGUUAUGCAGAGACAUAUGCGGACGCACUCUAACGUUAGGGAGUACAAAUGCAGUCAUUGCGAUAAAGAAUACAAGGAUCCUGGUGUUUUAAAGGUACAUAUGGCGAAGUCACAUGGAAUAGGUGUAGGACAAGUAAAAAUUCCCAAUCAUGAGAAAAAAUACAUAUGUCAUAUCUGUCCUAAAUCGUAUUACGCCAAAAACAAACUUACUAGGCACCUUUAUACCCAUACAGGAGAGAAACCGUUUGAUUGUCCAAUCUGCGGGAAAAAAUUCAAUGAUAAGUCGUAUGUCAAACAGCACUUAAAAAAGGCGCAUAAUAUGGACCAGAUGCCACCGGAAAAUAAAACUGAUGUACAUGGAUUGGAAAAAGAGGAAAUUCUUCAAAUGAAAAUUGUUAAUAUUUCUGUGCAAAACUUUUAGAAAUGUGUAGAGUAACCUCAAUAAUUAGCACACUGCUCUCCAAGUAAUCUGCAAAAAAAAGUUCCGAGUUACGAAAACGCAACCUUCUACAUCACUAAUAGACUUUCUUGCACGGCUUGAAAUGAACAGGAAAUUUCGGACAUUGGCAAUAUGCCUGAUAAGUAACUGAUCCGAAUAUAGAUAACAUAUACACGGUGGCUGGAAUUAAGUCACACUAUUGGUUAUAUUCUUUAUUCUUGAAUAAGGAUUGUUAAAUUGCCUAAGUUUUUUCAGCUGAUUAAUAUCUUAGUUUCAGACACUUUAAUAUGUAUAAGUAAAAACUGAAUUGUAAAGGUUUAUGCCUCGAAUUUCGAUCUGAAUAUUUGCUUGGUGUUUUUUUAGAAAAAACAACAUCUAAAACUUUAAGGCUGUUUGAUAUAGUUUUAAUAAUGAUUAGAUUGUUAAAUAUUUAAUUUUUUUGUAAUUUUAAGUUUGAGUAAUAUCCCAGUUUGACAUCUAAAGGUGUUCUGUAUUUCUUCAAAAGAGAAACAGAAAUGUUCUUUUUAUUUGGUAACCAAUAUCCUUGGCUUUAAUAAACUUUUUCUUUGUUA